UAUAUAUAAGGCCGCCUCCUCCGAAGUCAGAACCCUUGCCGCCGCUCUGAAACCCUAAUAAUAAUAUUUCCGUGGCCUCUUCGGUCUCCAAUCAUCAUCCAUGGCUGCGGUGGGAGAGCUCGCCUGCACCUACGCCGCGCUCAUCCUUCACGACGAUGGCAUUCCCAUCACGCCGGAGAAGAUCUCCGCCAUUGUUAAGGCGGCGAACUUGAAGAUCGAUUCUUACUGGCCCGCACUCUUCGCCAAGCUUCUUCAGAAGAGGAACGUCGAAGACCUCAUCUUGAGCGUCGGAUCCGGCGGAGGUGGUGCUGCAGUCGCCGUUUCCGCUGCUCCGGCCGCUGGCGCUGCUGGCGCAGCCGCCCCUGCUGCUGCUCCUGCGGCCGAGGAGAAGAAGGAGGAACCAAAGGAAGAGAGCGAUGACGAUAUGGGCUUCAGUUUGUUUGAUUAGAGAGAGGAGGAGAGGAUUGUAGUUUUUAGAUUUUUCUCUAUAUCAGUAUUAGGUAAGACAUUGGUGUUUUCAGGUGCUCCUAUCUUAAAUAUUGAUGGGAUGUAUGUUUUUCUUUGUUAUUGAGAUUUGGUUGCUCUUAAUUCGUAUGCUUUAUUUUGCAGUUUUGGAAUGAUCAUGUGUUGAAUUUUAGUAAGGAUGCUGAUUUUUUUUUUUCUUAUUAUUA